AUGGUUCAGCUGACGGUUCGAGAAGCGUUGCGCGACGCGAUGGCGGAGGAGAUGCGGGCCGACCCCGACGUCUUCCUCAUGGGCGAGGAGGUCGCGGAGUAUCAGGGCGCCUACAAGGUGAGCCAGGGCCUGCUCGACGAGUUCGGCGCUGGCCGGGUGAUCGACACGCCCAUCACCGAGGCCGGGUUCGCCGGGAUCGGCGUGGGCGCCGCCAUGGGCGGGCUCAAGCCCAUCGUCGAGUUCAUGACCUUCAACUUCGCCAUGCAGGCGAUGGAUCAUCUCAUCAACUCGGCCGCCAAGACGCUCUACAUGUCGGGCGGCCUGGUGCCGGUGCCGGUGGUGUUCCGCGGCCCCAACGGCGCCGCCGCACGGGUCGCCGCGCAGCAUUCCCAGUGCUACGCGAGCUGGUUCGCCCACGUGCCCGGCUGGCGGGUUGUCGCGCCCUAUUCGGCGGGCGACGCCAAGGGGCUGCUGAAGGCCGCCAUCCGCGACCCCAACCCGGUGGUCUUCCUGGAGAACGAGCUUCUCUACGGCCAGAGCUUCGAGGUGCCGGCGGACGGCGAGCAUCUGGUGCCCAUCGGCAAGGCCGCAGUUGCGCGCACGGGCAGCGAUGUCACCGUCGCCGCCUUCUCGAUCAUGGCGGAGGUGAUCGACCUGCGCUCGCUCCGGCCGCUCGACGGCGAGGCGGUGCUGGCCUCGGUCGAAAAGACCAACCGCCUGGUCACGGUGGAGGAGGGCUGGCCCUUCGCCGGCAUCGGCGCGGAGAUCGCGGCGCUCGUGAUGGAGAAUGCGUUCGACAUGCUCGACGCGCCGGUCGGCCGUGUCUCCGGCGCCGACGUGCCGAUGCCUUACGCCGCCAAUCUCGAGGCCGCGGCCCUGCCCGGCGCGGCCGAUAUCGCCAACGCCGUCCGCCGCGUCUGCUACCGAGGCUAG